GGCGCCUUAAGCGCGCGAACUGUCAUCCAACGCUGGAUUGUGUUUUGCCUCGACUUGUCUCGUCAACAAUCAGAGUUGUUUUGAACACUAAAAUAAACUAGGCCGAAGAAUCCCACAAUGAUUUAAUACGUGCAGGAAAAUAGUACGCAGGAAUAGAUGAAUGAAUAAUAAAAAGCAGACCUGUUUUCAUCAACACUGAUUAUUUUCUAAAAAGUAUUGAGUGGGUUGAAACAAUGGAGCCAGGAAUAACACAUGAAAUGAUACCUGCGAUGAUGACACCUGGGAAGAUGACACCUGGGAUGAUGACACCUGGGAAGAUGACACCUGGGAUGAUGACACCUGGGAAGAUUCCUGGCAUGGCGACACCGGGCAUUAUGACACCUGGAAUGAUGGUUCCUUACAUGGUGACACCAGGGAUGUUGACACCUGGAUCACCGACACCUGGACUUGCACCUGGUAUCCAGCCUGAUAUUUCAAUUGCUAAUAUUGAUGAUCCUGAAAGAACGGCAACAGGAGAGGAAUCUACAAGCAAGGAAGUGUUCGCUGUAUACAAAUCCCCACCAAUCUUACCAGGAGCCAAACCACACCCGGGGGAUAUUGUGGAGGCAGCUUCUUUGGCAGAUUUGCCAUCACCUUCUCCAACAUAUAAUCUACAAGAUUCUUUACCCAGUGAAAUAAUAACAUCAGGAAAACUGAGUAAUCUCCAGUUAGAGGGAAUUCUAUAUGCUUGUCAGAAACACCAGACUAUUCUACCAUCGGGCUAUAGAGCCGGUUUCUUUAUUGGAGAUGCUGCCGGUGUGGGUAAAGGCAGACAGAUUGCUGGAAUUAUCUUGGACAAUUAUAUUCGAGGUCGCACAAAGCACAUCUGGUUUAGUAUAUCAUCUGAUUUGAAAGUUGAUGCACAAAGGGAUCUUAGUGAUUUAGGGUGCUAUCUGAAAGUUAUCGAGGGAUGUAAACAACUUGAUAAAGAAACAAGGGUAUUUGGUUUGCCAGCGGAUUUUAAGGAAGGUGUGAUAUUCAGCACCUAUGCAACGUUAGUUUCUUCCGUCCAAAAAGGAGGUGCAAUAAGUAGUAGUAAACAGUCUCGUUUGGAUCAGCUGAUUAAGUGGUGUGGUAACGAUUCAUUUGAUGGAUGCUUGAUAUUUGACGAAUGCCAUAAAGCUAAGCAUUUUGUCCCAGGAAAAGAAAAGAAUUCUACCAAAGUAGCAUUAGCAGUAGCGUCUAUACAAAGAUUGCUACCUAAGGCACGUGUUGUGUACUGUAGUGCAACAGGUGUCAGUGAUGUAAAGAACAUGGCUUUCAUGGAGCGACUUGGGCUGUGGGGUGAUGGAGCUGCAUUCAAGACCUUCGGACAGUUCAUUGAUGCUAUAAAUAGACGAGGCCUUGGUAUUGCUGAGUUGCUGGCUAUGGAAAUGAAGAGUUCUGGAAGGUACCUCUCAAGAGGGCUGAGCUUUAAACAAGCUGAAUUCUGUAUGGUUGAAAGUGUUCUCAGCGAAGACCAAGUGAAGAUGUACAACACAGCUGUUCAUGUCUGGAAUGAACUGAGAAGAUCGCUGCAAUCUGCACUGGACAGAACCAACACUGGCAACCCCAAAAUCUGGUCACUCUACUGGUCAGCGCAUCAACGGUUCUUCAAGCAAAUUUGCAUGGGUGUCAAAGUACCUACAAUCCUGAAAGAAGCCAACAAGGCAUUGGAUGACGGAUGCUGCGUUGUCAUUGGACUUCAAACAACUGGAGAGGCAAGUUUAGAGAGUGAACUCCAAAGAAAAGAUUCACAGCUUGUAGGAUUUGUGUCAACAGCCAAAGAGAUUUUUUUAAACUUUGUUCGUGAAUAUUUUCCAACAAAAAUCAAUUUAUCGACACCUCAGAAAUGUGAAGUGAAGGUUGAUGAGUGGAGCAAGACUGCUCAGGAUCUGCUUCUCAGCUUUGCAGACAAGAUAGGUUUGCCCACCAGUUCCUUAGAUGAGAUCAUUGACAAAUUAGGAGGUCCUGGUAAAGUAGCGGAAAUGACAGGAAGAAAAGGUCGCAUGGUUAGCACAGCAGAUGGAGUUAAAUAUGUGCCCAGGUCUGGAGAUGGAAGUCAGCUUGAUAGUCUCAAUGUUCAGGAGCGGAAUAGUUUCAUGAACGGAAGAAAAUUGGUAGCAAUCAUAUCAGAUGCUGCUAGUACAGGAAUAUCCUUGCAUGCUGACAAAAGGGUUUCAAAUCAACGUCGGAGAGUUCAUAUCACAAUGGAGCUGCCUUGGUCCGCAGACAAAGCAGUACAACAAAUGGGGCGUUCACAUAGAGCCAACCAGAGCAGUGGUCCUUUGUAUAAACUGGUCACAACAAACCUUGGAGGUGAGAGGAGAUUUGCAGCAGCUGUUGCAAAGCGGUUAGAGUCCCUUGGGGCACUCACAAAAGGUGAUCGAAGGGCAGCGACUGGAGCUGACCUCAGCAAGUUUAACUUCGAUACACAAUACGGACGUGCUGGAUUGCGAAAUAUGUACUUCGCAAUCAGUAAUAAUCACAUUGCAGGAGGUGUCUCCUUGGAUAAGCUUACAUCGCAAAAAUUGAAAUUCUCAGAAUUUAAUGCACAGAUGAUGGAAAGUCUUGAACUGAUGGCUUUGACUGACACCUCAUCUCUGACUACCAAAGUGUUUGACAGAGACACAAGUGAUGUUGGGAAGUUUCUAAACAGAAUCCUCGGCUUAGCUGUUGAUAGGCAGAACCUGAUAUUCAGCUACUUUACAGAGUGUUUGCAAGCUGUAAUAUCUGCAGCUAAGAAGGAAGGGAGGUAUAAUGAAGGUCUUGUUGAUAUCAUAGCUCCAUCCAUUCAGAUAGUAGGGGAGCCUAAAGUGGUUUUCACCGCUGCACAAUCUAGCAUCAAAACAACGCAUGUUAUACUAAAGGUUGAUCGUGGAUUGAGUUGGGAAAAAGCAUUGGAACGCUUUGGAAAUCAUAGUGGAAAGCAUGACGGAUUCUACUGCUCCCGUCGCAAGAAUCAUCACGGCCAGUUUAUGUACUUAUUAGCAACACAGAAACUCAAUUCCACACAUCUGUUUAAGAUUGCAAGACCUAAUACUGGAGUUUCGGGAUUUGAUGAAGAAAAGGCUGAACUGUUUUCAAAAUAUUACAAGGUUUCCACAAACACUGCACAAACUGGCUGGCAACAGUUAUAUGAAAGUGCAAAGGAUCAUUGUGUGCAUGGGCCUCGCUGCAAACAUGGUGAUUCUUGCAUGGUUGGUUCACGUUGUUACAGAAUGGAUUUAUUAUGUGGUGGCAUAUUGACACUGAUGUCAACAUUAGAGAACACAGUUGCUACACAUGCGGACAGACUGCAGCUAAGUAAAGCGCAGUGUAAUCUACGUGUAGUACGUGUCCAGCUUGAUAAUGGAAAGAAGCUUGUAGGAUUGCGAUACCCAGCACAGUUAGUGGAUGUUGCACAAACUGCCAUCUCUGAACAAAAGCAAUUUGAACAGUUACAACUGAUGUGUAAUAGCGAACAGACUUGCAGUGUAGUACCAAAGGCAGUCAAAACAGCACCAUUAAUUUCUAUAGAGGAACCCAUAUCUGCUGUUGAUAAGAAGUGUUUGAACAAAGCAAUGACUCCACCUCUGACUAUCAAAAACUUCUUCAAGCCUGUUGCUGAAACACCAAAGAAAAAUGGUACAUUAAGGGAAGUAAACGAGCUGAAAACACAAUGCAAAGACACGGUGAUGCUUGAUGCUAAAUGUGUACUUAAUUUGUGUAGUCCAUCCAGUGUUGAGAAGCAGAUGAAUAAACGUUCUUUACCUGUUGAAACAGGAAUAAAAAUGCAGCCGACGAAGAAAACAAAGCAAAUGAGUCUGAAGGGAACGUUGACAAAACAAACUGAGAAAAAGAUAACAUGUCCAAUUUGUGCCAAAAGUUUUGAAGUGACAACAAGCAAUGUUGAUAUCAAUAAACACAUUGAUAGUUGUCUACAAGGAGCUUAAUACAGCUGUUGUUAAUAAUAACUACCAUCUUUUAUUUUAUUCAGAUAGGGUCAUCUUAUGUAAGACAACUUAUUACCUAUCGUAAGGCUAUACUAUUUUUAUACCUUGUUUUGCGAACCGGCUCUCCAUUGAAAAUUAUGAUUUUGAAUAAAAUAUGGUGCACCCACCACUGUGACACAAUGGAAAUAUCUGGGGAAAAAAGUUUUUUUAAUUUAUUUUUAUUUUGCCCAUCACCACCUUGGAAUCUCCCUAAAUAUAAAAUUUAUAUUUCUUCAAUUCAAUUCAUUUGAUUUUGUUGGUCCAACUUAUUUUUGCCUUGCUUUUUACUUGCAGAUUACUUUAAAUAUGUUAAAAAAGGAUACAAUAUACACAUUGUACAGAUAAGAUGAAAAAUGGGUUAAAACAGACAGUUAAAAUUGCACAAAGUACAGUAUAAAAUUUGGAAGUAAAACAUCACAAGCAUUGAAAUUUCAAAUAGAAAUAAGAAUACAGUAAUACUAAAAUAAUUAAUUUUAUAAAUUUAAACAUUUAUAAAUCCGUACUACACUGCUUACAUUGUAGCUUCGCAUUGUUUUUAGAUCAUGGAAUAGGAUACCAAGCUAAAGCAAAAGAGUGCCCUUGGUAAUUUUUUUUACCUUGCACACUCAUUUUUUAUUUGUUAAUUAAAUUCUAUUUUCUUUACUUAAAUGCUUUUUGCAAAAGCUUUUGCUAGUAACAAAACAAAAUUGUAUAUCAUUUUUUUUCCACACUACUUUGACUAUCUUUAAAAAUUUAAUUUUGCCUAAACAAUUUAUGAAGAAAGUUUAGCUGAAGCCGUCAAAUAAUUGCCUUUCUUGAUGAAUAACCACCACACCAAAUACAAUAUCUUGAUAAGUGCUGCUCCUAAAUAUGUACCUUGGUGAGGUCUUUUUUGAAAACCCAAAACUUAAUAAGCCAGUUUGAAGGUCAAUUGAUAUAAACAAACAUACAACACAACGUAGGUUUAUGUUGAUUGACUUUGGAUAUGGGAAUGCGCAUUUCGAACUGCAAAUUGGCAUUGAAAAUACAUAUUUUUCAGCAUUCCUUGAGGUUAUCAGUUAUCUGAUUUCUCACAGAAUGACUAAAGUUGGAAACAGUAGCGUAUCUAGGGGGUACAUGGGUGAGGGGCACACGGCUCCCAUGAAUACUUGCACACUACUCCCCCCCCCCGUUGCACGCCCCCAAAUAAUCACUCUCAAGUAGUUAAAAAUCACCUGAAAUCACCAUAUUUUGCGAGCUAGUUCCCCCUCACCUAAUCAUCGAGCCCUCCACUUAACCUUUGCGGUCCUAUC